CUUCCCUCCCGCCAGCAGUGGACAGUUGCAAGCGAGUCUCCUUGGCAAAGCCCUUGGAAGCCAACGUGUUGAAGACAAGAGCUGAUCCGCAAAUACUGCGUAAAGGUCUUAAAGGCGAUGUAUAGAGUUGCAGCUGUGCUCUAGUCACAGCUCUACUUCCUUCCGCAACGGCGCCAAGGAUGCUGGCAAAUCCCACAAAUCAUUCCCCCGAUAGGCCCCCGCACUAUAAAGGAUCUCCUUCAAAGUUCGACUUAAACCCAGAACCUGUUCCACAUCGAAACGACUCGCACGAUGCCUGCCAUCUACUCGAGAGAAUCCCCACUCGACGAUGAAUCAUGCCCUGCGCAGCUUCUCCCAGACACCGGCGCACCUGACAUCCCAUCGGUCAUGAUCAAUGACGUCGCCGCCGCUAUGCCGUCGCCGCAGGUUCUAGGUCUCGUUUUGUUUCUCUGCACGGUCAUUGCCGCAGUCUUGUUCUGGGCCGCGCCGGGAAGAGUCUCUCGUGCGAUGAUGGCCGCCAUUGGCCAGGCCGACGAAGAGUACCUUGCUGCAGCUAAAACGGGAGCGGUUGAGCCGCGUGGGAAGAUGGCUGAGGAGCUUGAGCAACUUCACGCGACGGCGUCGGCGCUCAGGCAGGAGUACCUCGAGAGCUCUCUCUCACACUGGAGCAGUAUCAUGUACCUGCUGAAGGGACGUCCCCUGAGACUAGUCUUCUGCAGGCGCGCGAUCCAGCUCUUCCGAACUCGUACUGAGAUUGCCAAGGAGGUGCACAAUCGAUUGCCACCAGGGCCAGAACCUAUCGUGGGCCGCCGCCGUCGAGCUGCCGCUCAACCACUUUCCGCAUCGUAACGACCGUCUUUUCGCUAUCAUCAUUAGGCACACCGGCAUGUCACACCGCAUUCCAUAUCCGAUGCUGAAGGCCCUACUUUACCCUGUAACUUGGCCGAUACAAUCAGAAUCAUGACACAACUCUAUCCGCCCGCAUCGAAUUGGAGGUGAUUCCUCAGACAAUGUGAGCGUGCCGGACUCAGCAAAGAUUGUCCCUAGUCACAGCCAAGAGCAAUGUCGUAUGCUUCUCUGGAACGUCGAAAUCGUCUUUUCGCCGAAGCUUUGUGCUGCCCGGUUGGCUGACGUUGUCGCAUUCUCUCCGCCCACAGACAUAAAGAAUGUUCAUCUGCCUGUUUUGUAUUGCAAAUAGGACAUACUCUGCAGCAUCGUACGCGAGGAUCUUCGGCUCGUUCUAUGAGCACGAGUUCCUGGGAUUCCAGCUUGUCAUAAUCGCAACCUGCAGUUGCUGUGAUGUGAUAAUCGAGCUUGGUCAGCCCUCCCAAGUGGAUGCUCUGGGGCAAUCAAUGACGUUACGGGUGCGUGGUGAGCGACUCGAACAUUCAGUUGCCGAUUCCAGCUCAGACAUCCCCUGUCGCAAGUCGUCUCGGAGGCCAGCGGAUUUGAGCAUGUCUGAGACACCCCCGGAGGUACAAAUCUUGGCUGGGGGAUGUAGACUGAAUGAUAUCCCCCUUACCUAUAACGAUUAUGCACAUCAUCCGCUCCAGCCCAUCGUCCUCUGAUACGAUCCGUCGCCGAACCAUCCCAAACUUCUUCUCCUUUGGCACGAGGAAGCCUGCACCACCCCCAAAGCCGUUCAUCUCGUCGUCCUCUUUGUCGUCGGUUUCGUCCACCUCGCACGAGGCCAAGUCACCUCCCGGCAGCCUAGAUAUCGCUGGGGCCGGCUUUGAGCGACAAGUGGUCUUAUCGGAGGAACAGCGUGAGUGGCCGUCCCAUACACUGACGGGGCAUUCGGACACUGAUCCGCUCCCAGUCAGAAACCCUCCCGAGACGUUCUCUAAUGACCUCGCCGCUAUCCUGUUGAUGGAUCCCCCCGCGAAGCCUAGCCAGACCGUCACGGGUGUCUGCUUCAGGAAGGAAGUCCUCUUGACCGAGGAAGAGCGUCAGUGGUUUCCCCAAUCGCUUAGCUGCCCCACAUCUCUGACCGCCCUUCCUAUCUCCUUGCAGUUAACCGAGCACCCGCUCUGCCGAAAGCUCCUAUGCUCACACCCAUGCUCACACCCAAUCUCCAAAAACGCUUCUCUCGUCGCCAUUCGACGUUUGUCCCGCCGACGCCAGUCGAUCUGUCCACCCUCGUCCGAUCGGACGUUCCCCUCGUCGUCGAGCACGUUGGAACACCCGCCCUGAGAAGGGGCCCAGCACCUGCGGUGGACGCUGCUUCCAAAAAGCGUCACCGGCAUUCGUUGUUCGUCACGAGCGCACCAAAGUCGGACGCUGUCUGUGAAGGAUGGUGAUCAGACGUAUCUGAUAUCUAGGAACCACUACACACACAAAUGGGAUCAUCUUGCUUAUCCCUCCCCUCCAUCCCGUACAUGGCGCUUGAGCGAGGCGUGAGCAUGAAGUGUCUUUCUUUGGGAAGCAGGAAAAGAGAACUGCGACGGACUGUUCACUCACUCUGCUUUCGUUUGUGAAGGGUUUCAGAGCCUUCCCCUAGCACGCUUUGUUCAUGCGAUCACUCUACAAGCGAGAAGGAAGAGGCUGCUGCGCGUAACUGACAGUUUAUCUGGGUAGAACGUUCGUGCGAAUGGAUAAUGUUUCCGAGAGCAGAAAGGAGCAAACAGGCCAUGAGCCGAUGCGAAGGCGAAGUCGGUCCGGUCCAUUGCGAGAGGGAUGACGCUGAGAAGAAGCCCUGGAGUCUCACAGGAAGGGGUCAAGAACAACAGCACACAGGCCCCCCAACACCUCGACGUGUAGCGUAUAUCGACCGAUGAGACGCCAGGAAUGUUGUGGCACUCCCAAGGGCGAUGUAGAUUGCCGCAGCAUGCGCGCUGUAGCCAAGGCGCACCGCAACGAAAGUCGACAUGUUGGUUCAACAUGGGCCGAGGACGCUGGGACAGCCGCGGGCUAAGGGAUCGGGGCGGCGGAGAACAACGAUGCAGCCUAUGGUGCACGUGCCCUUGUCACUACCACUUUUGGAUAGCGUGAGAACUCGGUC